GGCGCUAACUACAGCAACAUGACGACGCCUUUUAUUUUAGCGUUGCUUCUUAGUCCUUUUGUUGCAGUUGUUUUGUGGCUUUUUACUGAAUGGAUUCUUAGAAAUAUUAACGAAAAGCAUGUUCCUAAAAUAUACGUACAACCUGGUUUCUUUUAUCCCUUAAAAUAUAAACUUUUCAGAAUAAUCCUUUGGUUGAGAAAAAGACAAAAUGACAACCGACUACGAAGAAAACAAUCAGCUGAAUCUGCUGGUGCUGGUUAUGGCAUUCAGUCCAGAAACUCACCAGAAGAAAUGGACAGGUUACAGCAACUUUCCCAAAAUCAUCCACUGGCAGUGGAUGCAGUCUAUUUUAAUGGUGGAAACUCUGAUGGAGUAUUUUUAGUAGCUGCAACAGCAAGAAGACAUGAGGGCAUUGUUCAGACAAUACUUUACUUGCAGGUUCCAUCCAUUGGUUUGCUGGAGUUACCUAACCUGCCUGACACCUGGUUAACUAGUGAUAGUUGUGAGUCUGCUUAUGCGGCUGGAGGUUUGAUCAUAACACCCAUUAAACCCAUGGAGGAAUGGUCUAUUUCAUUUAAUGGUAGUUUGAGAAUUGCUGACACAAAACAAAAUGUGCAUGUGAAGUUUAGCCUCUUAUGGAAAGCUUACACUAAACCUUUUGAUUUUGACACUGAUCUUCACCCCCAUGUCAUGGCUGAUGGCAUUGCUAGGGAAAAAUGGUCUCGAGAUUAUUUUGACACUUUAAAAAAGGCUCACCAGACACAUUAUGAACAGUUUGGAGAAAUUCAAGGCACUGUUCAGAUUGCAGGACAUCAAGAUCUAGAUAUCAAAGUACAAGGGGUCAGAGAUCAUUCCUAUGGAAAUAUUCGUGAUUGGAAGCUAUUUCACAGAUAUGUUCUUAAUUAUGUACAUUUAGAAGAUGGUACUGCCAUCUGUGUUGGUGCUAUAUCUAUGCCAAUAACACUAUCCAGGCUAGUUGUUGGCUAUGUCUUUCAUCCAGAUGGCUCAAUGGAUCCUGUUAGUGGUACGGACUUUGAGUUUUACAACUGGGGAGAUGAUGGUGAACCACCCACAAAACUGAUUCUUAACUUUACUGCUGGAGACAAGGACUACUACAUGGUGUCAUCCAGGCUACACUGUCCUGUGUUUUACAUGGGUAAAGAGUGGGAUGCCAAGAUUUAUGAAAGAUUUUGUACUUACUCUGUUAAUGGUAUUAAAGGUUGGGGCAUCAGUGAAUGGGAUUAUAGGAAUCUUGCUGGGAAAAAGCUAAAAGGAUAGCAGCUGGAAACUUCAGGAAUAUUAACAGCCAUUUUUGUUGCUAGCUUGACCCCUUGAAUGCAAUAGUCUGUUACUGUUAACAGUAAUUAUGUGUAAUUCUUACCUUUUUGUUUUCAAUUAGAGUGAAACAUGCUUGUUGAAGUAUGCUCUCUUGAUCCCUACAAUAGUUUUAUAAACUUUUAAUUUUUUUGCUACCCCGUGCAAAAGUUGUUUUAAUAUUUAGAAAAAUAAUUUACAUAUCUAGUUUUGAAAAAUUAAUUUAAACUGCUUUUAAAGUGUAUAUACAUUGAUUACAAUUUUUUUAAACUUUAAAUUAAAGCACCUUAGGCUUUAUAGUUUGUUAAAUUAUAAUGAAAAAUAAACACAUUAAAAUAGUCUAUUAGAAGACAAAGCUGCUGUAAUGGUAAUUUACUGUUUUAAUAUAUUCAAAUAAAAUUUAGAUGAUGGCUUUUUGAAAUAUUUAUUUACAUGUAAGCCUAAAGUACUGUUAAUGUGAGCCAAUACAAAUUUUUAAUGUAUAUUUUCACAUUAAAAUGUCAGCAUUUUGUUCAUUUUUCUAAACUUAUCUGUAGCAAAAGUAGUAGGCCUAUGUGAGUUUAUUUCAAGUGAACACACUGUGACAGUAUUUGACAGUUCAUUGACCCGGUGUUGAUGUUUACUAUUUUGUUAUUUUCUUUACAAAUACUUUUACCACUAACUUGUGAUUUUUAUAUUGAUUCUAGUUUUUAUAUAAAUCAAUUAUGAAAGCCAAUAAAAUUCAUAUUUUUACAGUU